UCGUUUUUGAUUUGCUCGAAUAUAGGAGGAGCCAUCAACAUCGUCUUCUUCAACCACAUGGCGAUAAUUGAACUAUAUCCCAAAUUCUUCUUCUCCCAAAACCCAAUUCCCAAACCCUUCAUAAGCCCUAAUUUCAAUCCCAAAAACACCUUAUCCCAUCAAAUCCUCAAACCAAUUGCUCAAUUUUCUCACCAACCAAUAAUCACCACUCCAAACCGUGGCAUAAUCUUCCGGGAAAAAGUUCUAUACCUCCUGAGACUCAAAGUAAACCCAGAAAAAGCCUUCAAACUAAACCCUACACUCCGAACUUGUCCUCUACGAACCCUAAAAUCGGUUGAACAAUGUCUUUCAUCAAUUGGCAUACACAGAAGCGAAAUGGGUCGAAUCCUCGACAUGCUUCCUUCACUUCUCACGUGCGAACCACACAACGACAUUUACCCCCUUCUCGAUUUUCUUCUCAACGAGGUUAACAUUCCUUACCAUGAUGUUCAAAAAUCAAUCUUGCGGUGUCCUAGGUUGUUGGUGAGUUGCAUAGAGACUCGAUUAAGACCUGCACUUUAUUUUUUGAGGGAAUUAGGGUUUGUUGGGCCUCACUCUCUCACGUGCCAAACCACAUUGCUUUUGGUUUCGAGUGUUGAGGAUACCCUUUUGCCUAAAGUUGAGUUUUUGAUGGGUUUGGGGUUCACACGUGUGGAGGUUUCGAAUAUGAUUGUUAGGUCUCCUGGGUUGUUGACUCUUAGUGUAAAUAACAAUUUGAUUCCUAAAGUUGAUUUUUUCUUGAAUGAGAUGAAUGGUGAUCUUAAGCUUAUUGUAACAUGAUAUCUAGAUCUUAAG